AUGGGCAGCGCGGCACCGUCUCCUUCGGCGGCGGCGGCAGCAGAGGCGGCCAGCGACCUCGACCACCUGCUGCGCCCCCUGCACUGGGCGGCCGUCCUGCGGCACCCACGCCGCGCCUCCGCCUCGCCUCUCUGCUUCAGACUCUGCAGCAUCGCCAUGGCAUCCUUCGCCUUCUCGUCCACCUGCUCCGAGGUCACCGUGCUGUUCCGCGACGGCACGGCUGACCUGGACGUCUUCACACUGACCCUUAGCGUUGUGGACACAAACACUAUCUGGCUCUUCCGCAUGGCACACAUUGUUAUGUGCGAGCGUGCCUACCACAGACUCACCGGUCAGGUGGGUCACGACUUCGCUGAGUUCAUGACGUGGGACGACAUUCCUUUGCUACGAUCACAGUGCCGCCUGGUACGGCGCUUCACGCUGACCUACAUCUGGUUUGGCAUUGGCGCCUGCGCCUGUUACCUGGUGUCCCCUGCGAGCGCCGAGGGCCUGCCCUUCAUAAUGGUUCUGCCCUACGAUGUGACGCAGCCAUUAAGUUUUGCCGCUACGUGGCUGUUCUGCACGAUAACGUGCCUUCACGUCGUGGUCAUGACCAUGGUGCUCGACUCCUUGAACGUCAGCCUCAUCUCGCAGCUACGUGUACAACUCAUACUGCUCAACAAGAAAAUCGUCAGCCUCGCGAAAGAGAUGUCCGCGAAAGCUGUGCACCAUUCAGAAACUUCCAUCUCUCCUGAUCUUCAUUAUCGACUGGAGAAGUGUGUCCGUCACCAUCAAGCAAUUAUCAAGAACGCUGACUUGUUGGAGAGGAGCCUAGGUGCGAUGCUGCUGGCACAGAGUCUAGCUAUCGGUGCGGCCAUUUGCUUCCAGAUGUUUCAAAUUGCCACGAGUGCAAACGGACUGCAACAGACCGGGAAGUUUGGCUGCUACUUGUUUGCAAUGCUUGCGGAGCUCUUUGUUUACUGCUAUUUUGGAGAUAACCUCAUUACAGAAAGCGAAAACGUGGCCCUGGCAGCGUAUGACGCGGUGACGUCACUGCAGGAGUGCCCCCUGUCCAUGAAAAGAUCGCUGCUGCUUCUGAUGCACCGCGCGCAGCGACCGCUGCGAAUCACCGCCGGGGGGUUCUUCCCCCUCUCCAGGGAGUCAUUUGUCUCGGUCGUCAACGUGUCUUACUCAUUCUUCGCAAUUCUACGAAAUUUCAAGGAUGAAGAGGAGUAG